AUGGAAAAAAAGUGUGGGUUGGAGAUGGUUGCAUUUGCAAAUAAGGAGCAUAAUAAGCUGAACUCAGGGAGUGAAGACUCUUCGAAUGGCUUUGGAAGUGGGUUUGGGGCUGUCGGGAAUAGCUCAGAGGCUGGGGUUAGCUCAGGAAGCAAAGAUGGGUUGAAAAAUGGGGUUAGCUCAGAGGCUGGCUCAAGAAGUGUGGCUGGUGGGAAUAGCUUAGAGAAUGAUUCAGGAAGUGGGGCUAGGGUUGGCUCAGGGGAUGGUUUAGGAAGUGAAGAUGGGUUAGGAAGUGGGGUUGGGGUUGGCUCAAAGGCUGGCUCAGGAAGUGGGGCUAGCUCAAAGGCUGGCUCAAGGAAGAGUGGGGUAGAACCCUGA